UGUCGACAAGGAGUCGCGAACCAUCCCUGUAAAGAGCUGUUCCGCCGGAUUCGACGGCGAACAGCGCUGUACGCGGCGGAACAGCGCCGAACGCUCUCUAUAGCAUUCGCAUAGUAAAAACACAUUUAUCCUCAUUUUAUGCUGGUUUGCCGCGAAAGCAGAAUGGACGCGGAAAGCUGAAUCGACGCGUACACGUCUCCAUACAAAAUUGUUGUUUUCUAUGGACAAAAGCUGAAAAGAGCUGAAUAAGUGCGCGUAGUCCCUUAUGCUAGUGUUUCGCUUCUACUACAUAUGGACAAGACAUCGAAUUUACAGCGGUUACGCUGGUAUGUUUUCGCAGUGGAGGUGGGCUACGGGCUACUAUGAACAAAUAAUUUACUUUGUGUGAGUGUGUUAUUUAUAUAAAAUGAAAACAAACUGACAGCUGUGUUGACAGUGGACAUAUUACAGUGUGGGUUUGGUGUAACAUGGAAAAUUAUGUAUACCAGGAAAACAAAUACCGUUGUGUUUUGUAGAACAUCACUUCCAGUGGCCCAAUUUAGCCGCGGUGAUUUCUCUCUGUGGUCUGUGCUGAAGAACUGCGUGGGUAAAGAACUAUCAAAGAUCACUAUGCCGGUGGUGUUCAACGAGCCCCUAUCCUUCCUGCAGAGGAUGCUGGAGUACCUAGAGUAUGCAAGUCUCUUGAGGAUUGCUUCUGAACAGACUGAUCCUGUUGCCAGAAUGGAGUGUAUCGCUGCAUUUGCAGUGAGUGCUCUGGCAUCGAACUGGGAGCGACUCGGAAAACCAUUCAACCCUCUGCUGGGCGAGACUUAUGAACUUGAACGACCGGAGUUUCGAGCCGUUUGUGAGCAGGUUUCCCACCACCCCCCGGUGUCAGCGUUUCACGCAGACAGCCCGCACUUCGUGUUCCACGGGUCAGUUCAUCCCAAACUGAAGUUCUGCGGAAAAAGUGUCGAAAUACAACCAAAAGGGCAGGUCACUGUGGAGCUGCCAAGAUGGGGUGAAGCUUACACCUGGAGUAACGUGAACUGUUGCGUCCAUAACGUGAUCGUGGGCAAACUGUGGAUAGAGCAGUACGGAAGCAUGGAGGUGACGUGUCACGGUGGGGCAGGUCUCAAGGCAAACCUCUGCUUCAAGCCAGCUGGCUUUAACAACAGGGACCUGCAUCGAGUUGAAGGCUUUAUCAUGGAUCCCAGUAAGAAACGGCUUCGUUUCCUGUACGGAAAAUGGACUCAAUACAUCAAAUGCUGCUCUGCGUCAGCAUAUGAACAGUGGGCCAAGGAUCGUGGAGAGGAGGCCGGCACUCAACAGACACCCAAGAAAGUACUCGCGAAACUGAACAGUUUCAAAGUUGGAGCUCUACGUUCUAUGUCCAUACAAGAUAGCGAAGAACCAGAGACAUCAGAUGAAGUACCAAAACCGGACGAGUCGUUUAAUAUAGAUAUACCAGGAUCUGUUACGCUUUGGGAAGCUCGGCCCAGGCCUCCAAAUAGUUCACAGUUCUACCAGUUCACCGAAUUUUCAAUGUCUCUGAAUGAAAUGCAGCGCGAUAUGAAAGGCGAGCUCUGUCCCACGGACAGUAGACUGAGACCUGAUGUCAGGCUGCUGGAGCAGGGAGAUAUUGACGGUGCUGCAGCGGAGAAGACCAGGCUUGAGGAGAAGCAACGUGCUGCAAGGAAGGCUCUUAAGAAGUCCACUGACGCGUGGCAACCGAGAUGGUUCAGCCAGGGUACAAAUCCGUACACGAAACAAGAAGACUGGUUGUAUAACGGUGGAUACUGGGACCGGAACUAUGAACAUCUUAAAGACAUUGAUAUAUUUUAACAACAAUUAUAAUUAAAACGCAUAAAAAAUUGUGAGCAAUAUAAUAACAGCAUAUGCUUACACAAUUCCCGCUUGGCUACUUCGAGAACGUAAUUUUAAAUGUGGUUGUUGCAAAACGAAAAGAUAUAAAAAAAAUAUAUACUUACUUUUAAACUUAGUCCAUUCCCAUGAAAAUUAGAAUUUUUCUUGAUUUAUUUGACUCGGAGUUAUAGCAUGAUUUAUAUCAAGAAUAUAAGUAUAAAUAAUCCACAUUGUACACUCAAAAUAUCAGCUGAUAAUCAAACAGGACUCUAUAAGUGAAGGUCUUAAGCUAGAAACAUGAUGUUUAGGGUAUUAGAGAGAGCGUCGGUGGACCUAUCAUAUGAUUCGGCGUUCGUGGAAAAAUGCUUACUGGUAACAGACCUGCGAAGAAAGGGUUGUGUUUAAACUUAACCACAUCGCAUUUGGCUCAAAAAAGGGCCUCAAGCCAGGCAUUGAUUUGCUAAAUCGGCGCACAAUAGAUGUUGAGUUGCAGAAAAUAGCCCUAAAGACUACCUUACCGAGAACAAGAUAUAUCUUGUUCUCGGUAAGGGGGUAAUAUCGGGUUCUCGACUAUAGUCGAGGGAUUAUUUUGCACUAAAUACCUAAUAGCCAAGAGCAGUGUCAUGUUGUCUAACAAUGUAUAAUAUAUUUAAUAUAGACCGACAAUUACGUGCGCGAUCGUGCUACGGGGUGACAGACGGUAGAGCAGACGGGGUACUAAAAUCUCAGCGGGUAGCGGGUUACGGCAGUCUCACGCAUUGGCCUUCCCCGCAACACGACCUGCUACCCGCUGACAUCUUAGUACCCCUUCUGUCACCCCGUGGGACGGUCGCGCACGAAGUAGUUCGACUAUUGUGUUCUGGAGAAGGGCACGGAACAAUUCGGGCCACAUCAUACAGUCAUAUACACUGUUUCUGUUGUUAUUUAUUACAGAAUGUUAAUUACCACGUAUUUACAGCUGUUUCAUAAAAAUUGCAACAAUAUAACGAUGAUUAAAUAAUGAUUGUUAAAAUGUGCAAUGCAAUAAAUCAUUGAUUAUUUUUAAUUUGUUCAUCUAUCGCAUGUUCCAUUACAGCCGGCCUCGAAGUACCGUUGAAAUUGAUUCAUUUUAUUUCAACCACUUUUUUCAAGCCCGGUUAGCCCAGUGGUGUAAGACACCAAACUUUAGCUCUGGUUCCUUAGAGGGAGCGUGGAUUCGAACCCCACACCAUAAAGUUUUUAUUACAUUUUAUUUUUCUUUUUUGAAUAAACAGCAUAAUUUAUAUAUUUUUUUUUCUUUCGAUUAUAAUGUCAAAAUUGAUAUGUUUUCUUGUGAAAUAAUGUUUGACUUGCAUCUUGGUUCCAUAAAACAGGCAAAAUUGUUCUAUGUAUCAUAGAAGUUGUAGUAUUGUUGUUGUUAAUUCGAUCAUAUUCAUUGAAUUUUCUUUUCUGUCAACAAUAUUAUGGCUGCAUUUAGUGCUCGACCGACGGUCAGCGUUGACGUCGGCCGAGCGUAGUGCGUAACCGUACGUGCUGACCAUGUUGCGUUUUGUACUCUGCAAAGCUGAAGGCAAACUUUAUUGGACGUGUAUUUUCGCAUCAGUGGACCGUCGUACGCCGGACUGACGAUACUCGUUAGUGCGACGUAGCCGUACGCGCGUAGCAAUUCAUCAGCGCCGGACGUAUGUUUUCAUUAUUAUAGCUACGCGUGACCGACGUCAGCGCUUACCGUCGGUCGAGUACUAAAUACAGCCUUUAGCGUAUGCACAGUAAAAUGAGUGUUUAUAUAAGAAAACAGGUCUAUCAUUCUUAAUGAGUUACGUAAUCAUUUGUAUCAAUGGUGUUCUUAAUUUCAAAUGUUUAUUAAAUAUAUUUAAUUCUUCCCUUGUAAUAUGCACGCCAUUUUACAAUAAUAUUCAUGUUACGUAUUGUACACACGUUUACACAAAACAAAUGCUUAGCACAAUGUAUGUAAUAGGUACUUAUAUUGUAAAUAAGAAUCCAAUAUACCUAUUACUACAAUAAUUGUUGUAAAAAUUAGCAAAAUAUCUUAAUACUUACCUACUAUUAAAAUUUUAGUUUUAUUUAAUGUUAAGUAGUUUCCCAAGUUUAUGUAGGUGCAAAUUAAGCUAUUUAGGGCUUAUAGUAUUGAAGUAGGUAUUUUUGACAUAUAUGUAUUAGUAGUAGUUGUAGAAAACUUAUUAAUGGUAGUACCUAACUCUCGGGUACAGUGCAAUAACUCUGAAUAUAAUUUAAUCUAGCUCAAAUUUGCAAAAGACUUUUUUGAUGAGAUAAGUUAGGAAGUGCAGUUAAAAAUUUAUAGGAAUUUUUGAAGUUUUGUUUUACUAGUUACUUGCUUUAUAGGUAUACAUAAAUUUAAUUAUCAGCAUUAAGUUAUAUUAAAUAAUAUAUAUUAUCAUAAAUUGUAACUCAGUCAAUAUAUUAUUAUCAAGGCAUUGCUUCUUUUUUGGGUAGAUGGGAUAGAUUGGGAUAUUUAAAAUUGUAAUAAAUUUUUAUUCUGCAUUUUUUUAAUUUUCUUUAUUUAUUGUUAGUUUUAGUUUUAUUUUAAUCUUUAUCGGCAAAAUAUUGUACCUUUUUUAUGUUAGUAGUAGUAGUUAUAUUGUACCUUUUAUAACUUAUUAGAUGAAAAUAAAUAGCUAGUACAAAUUAUUUAAAAAAAUUAUGCAAUCAAAUUAAUUUCAAAUGAGCAUUGUAUAAAUUGUGCUAUUUAUCUUUCCGUUCCUGGAAACACUGAUGGCGGGGUAUGCUUUAGAUAGGCCCGAUUUUGGCGCUCGUACAGCGUUCUGUCAAUGCGUGUAGCAACAGAUUGAUUAUAAAUAUAAUGAUUUGAGUGAAUGUAUCAGAAAGCUAUUGAAUUAACUAUCUUAUAAAUAAUAUAAGGGUCACAACUUUGUGUGGGAGUAGGGUGCCGUACGGCACACUAAGUUUUGGUGUAUCUGAAAAAUCUAGUGAUGGUGAUACAUCCCCCAGGGAUGGACUGCCGAUUUGGGAAGGUUAAUAGGCGCAUAGCGCAGUGUUUAGACGAUAUAAAAGAUAAUUAAUUCUAUUUCUUGUGUGACAUUUGUGCCCCAACGCUUUUAUGUCUUCUUCGGUCUUCCAAAUUUAAACUCUAAUUAAUUGUCUAGCUGUAGAAUUAUAUUUAAAUAAUCUACAUUUUCAAGACAUCACGACUCUUUUUUAAUGUUAAAAUCACACUUUUUUUACGCAAAUUUUACGUAGUUACAAAACUGUUUAUAUUUAAUUAGCAAUACAGUUUAUUUUUAUAUUAGAUUUCAACUUUGUCUGAAAAUAUAUACUUAUAUCCUUCCAUCCCUACUCUGUGAUAUAACUAAAACCAAAAUUAUAUCUGGAUCUAUAAAAGAUAAAUUACCAAUGUCAAAACACUUUUUUAUUUGUAGAUCUUCGAUUGUUAGUUUAGCCCUACCUAGAAAUAAAAUUAUCUGCUAUUUUAUGUGAAAUCUAAUAAGUAAUUAAUUAGUUUAUCUUCAGUUUCAAAUUGUAUUCAAAGUAGAUUUUAACGUAGAUUGCGACGCGCUGGUAGAGAUAUAAAUGGAUAAUAUUAUCAUAUUCUUAAACGUUAAAAACGCCUCUAGGGUUGUUAUUGUGAAUAAACAGUAUCUAAUUAUAUAA